AAGAGAAUUUAUUUAUUCUCCCAGAUUUCGCUCCCUUUCCGUCUCCGUCACUUUCUUCUUCCCUGAACCGAACUCAAAUCAAGCUCGGUUCCUUUCUCUGAAUCUCCAUUGCUUAUUUUUUUCCUGCAGAUUUCUUGUUGUUCUCCCUCUGAUUCAACUCCGAUUUCCCCCCGAUCGGCGCAAUGGGCAAAGGAAGUUUUAUCAGUGACAGUGUUCUGAAGAAGAUCGUCCUCUCCUACACCUAUGUCGCCAUUUGGAUCUUCCUCAGCUUCACCGUCAUUGUCUACAACAAGUUCAUUCUCGACAAGAAGAUGUAUGAUUGGCCUUUUCCGAUUUCCCUCACCAUGAUCCAUAUGAGUUUCUGUGCUUCUAUCGCUUUUCUUAUGAUUCGCGUCUUCAAGCUCGUCGAGCCGGUUUCCAUGUCCAGAGAUCUAUAUAUCUCCUCUGUUGUUCCAAUUGGAGCGUUAUAUUCUCUCUCUUUGUGGCUUUCGAAUUCGGCGUACAUUUACCUCUCUGUCUCGUUCAUUCAGAUGCUCAAGGCUUUGAUGCCGGUCGCUGUUUAUUCGAUCGGCGUUCUUUUGAAGAAGGAAGGUUUCAAGACGGAGACGAUGGUGAAUAUGUUGUCGAUUUCGUUUGGCGUUUCGAUUGCUGCUUAUGGUGAAGCGAAAUUCGAUGUUUGGGGUGUGGCUUUGCAGCUUGGCGCCGUUGCAUUCGAGGCGACUCGGCUUGUUCUGAUCCAGAUUUUGCUUACCUCUAAAGGAAUCUCGUUGAAUCCGAUUACUUCUUUGUAUUACGUUGCGCCUUGUUGUUUCGUCUUCUUGUUAGUGCCGUGGAUCUUCGUCGAGUAUCCAAUUUUGAAAUCUGCUUCCAGUCUCCAUUUCGAUUAUGUGAUCUUCGGCACCAAUUCACUCUGCGCAUUUGCCCUAAAUCUCGCUGUGUUCUUGCUCGUUGGAAAAACCUCCGCCCUAACGAUGAACGUCGCCGGCGUGGUCAAGGAUUGGCUCCUGAUUGCCUUCUCGUGGUCGGUGAUCAAGGACACUGUGACUCCUAUCAACUUGUUCGGCUAUGGAUUGGCUUUCGUUGGGGUUGGGUAUUACAAUCACUCGAAAUUGAAGGCUCUGAAGGCGAUAGAGGCGCAAAAGAAGGCCACUGAAGCCGAUGAAGAGACAGGAAAAUUGCUGGAGAAAAGAGAGAACGACGGGUUGGGGAGGAAGAACGAAUCCAAAGACUUGAAUUGAAACCUGAAACGAACACAGAAUAUAGCAAUAAAUCAGGAAAAAGAAGAGAACAAAGAGAAGGAUCGAGAUGAAGAAUUGGGGUAGCUGCAGAAUUUGGGAUCUCUUCAUCAGCUCAAAUUCAGGUUAUUUUCUGGAUUUCUACUUCUGGCUGUUAGUAAUAUUAUUAGGUGUUUGAGAUUUUUGCUUUUGUUGCUUGAUUAUGAUACCUGCAGCCAUUGAUGAACCUGAUGAGUUUGUAGAACAACAGAAUCUCAAAUCCCAUUUUUGUUUCUUUUUCUUUUCCUUUUCCUCUUCUUCACAGCAUCAUCCUCUUCCCCUUCUUCUCUCUUGCAUUUCUUUAGAAGUUUCCUUCUUUCAUUCAAUGAGGGUUCUGCUCAGUGCUUAUUUAUUCACUUUUUAGGUUGUAUUCCAUUGUUCUCUUGUUAGUGAUACUCUGAUUAGAUUUGGCCUUCUGGA